CUCUCACUCAAUUAUUAACUAGUCAAAAGGACGGAACAUUAUGGCCAACAGAUUUACCAAACCUUCCAUUAAUUGGGUAGAGUUAGAAAAACUAGUACCACCUGAACAGAAAGGCAACUACUUGGCUUUCAAGGCAAAAUCUGAUGCCUAUUUUAGGAGAGUGCAAGCAAAUCCACCCGAGCCUCCCAAAAUCGACUGGGCGGAAUACCAGAAACUCUGCCCGCUGCCAGGCCUGGUGGAUCAGAUGAAAUCGUCCUACGAGGCCUACAAAGUGCCCGUCCCGGCGGACAGCCUGACGGAUGCCAUUGACAAGCAGUGGGAGGGCUUACAGCCUGAGAUAAAAGCGUACGUCGCUGAACGCCAGAAGGAAAUCGACUUGGCCACAAAGGGUAUAAAUAACAUCAACUCUCUACCAAAGUUCGAUGAGAUGACCAUGGAGAUGGUCUACGACAUGUACCCCGGGAUCGCGCUGGACCCGGUCAACCGGCCGACCUUCUGGCCGCAUACGCCGGACGAACAGCCGGGCUACAGGACCCCUGAGCAGCGGGACUUCAAGCAUUGGGAUGUGUUUACUCCUAAAAAGUAAAUUCGGUGUGUAUUGUGUUUUCAUGUUUAAUUGAAACGAGUAGGGAUA